CGAUACAAGCGCGAUAUAAAAAGACCCUAAGCAGCAAUCCUCGUCAUUUGGAGAUAGCCUGCCGAGCAGUCAAAAGUUUUGUCUUAGAGCUGUACUGGGCGACAAGGGGACAUCUCCCGGUAUCAAGAAGUACCGGUACCUACUAGUACUCUGAAAAGGUCCAUCAUGAAGUACAUAAUAGUGCUGGUUUUGUUGAUCGUUCUUGAAGUUGCCCUGGCCAGACCUCCCGUGGGCCUUCGAGGUCGGCAUGCAGAUGAUAAUAGCGAAGGUCAAGGACGUCCAGGUAGACAUGGCGGGAGACGCGUCAACAGACAACGUGGCUUAACCUGUGCUAAUAUCACUGAGACUGAUUGUGACGUCUUGCCGUCAAUGCGCCUGUGUGAUGAUGCAGGGUCCUAUACCAACUGGUGCGACUACAUGAAGAGAGUUAAGUGCCCCCAGGACCUGUCAGCCGGAACUAACUUCACAGCUAUCUUCAAAUGUGACGAGAGCGGCAACCCUCUACCUGCACCUACCCGAGGAGGGCUUAGACGAUGUAAAGACAGGGCAUGUAGACGGGGGCAUCCAGCGGAGCAAACGCCAAAAAAAUAAGGAAUAAGAAUUAUGACGCUAUCACGAAAAGAAGCAGCGUUCACAGCCUGCUAAUCUGUCUUUGACGCUUUACUUGUAAUAACAAUUCCAGCGAGACCAACAUGUAUCUGUAUCAUUGUUGAAUGGGAAUCAGUCGAGAUGACCCCGAGUCUCGCAGCUUGGCACAA